GAGCAGCAGCUUCUCCUUUUAAAGCCGCCGGUUGGACGGACAGACAGACAGGUGGACAGACAGGCGGACAGACAGGCAGCACCUUAAAUACCUCGCAGCGCCUCUAACGGGACAUUUGACAGCUGAGAGCCCUGAGACGCAUUCACGUUCCUCUGGACAUCUGCCCUCUCUCUCUCUCUCGCUCUCUCGCUCUCUCUCCCCUCUGAUGGAGCUCGCGCUCCCCCGCAGACUGCAGCUCCUCCGGGACUGAACGCCGCGCGCCGCUCGGUGUCCUCCCCCGGUGGUCCCGGUGUCCUCCGGUGGGUCCGUCCUCCGCCUCCGUCCUCCUCCCUCGGGCCGCCGUCUCCUCCGUGACUCGCCGUUCUCAUGCGAUUCUUCAGACUCACAUUCAAGUGUUUCGUGGAUUGUUUUUGAAGGUCGCCGCUCGCGCGCUGGUUUUAACUCUCUUUUAUUUAAUUUUUUAAAAAUAUUUUCACCUUUUUUUUUAUUUUGUAUUUUUUUGUAACUACCGUGUCUCUAAUUCCGGCUCGAAGGACAGAGAUGUCUCCGGACUACUACUAGACAUUCUGCGUGUGUACACAUUGAACUGAAGGCGAUCAUAUUCAUAUUUAUAUUAAUUAUAUUUAUUGCAACUGAAGGGAAAGAGAGGAGCAGAGCGAGGAUCCAGACCUGGGACCGGACCGACUCCUUUGUUUCUCACCGGGACUCUGGGAGCAGACCAGUGGGACCAGUGCUGCCGGACUGGGUUGGUGCUGGUGUCGGACUGGGAGGAGAAACCACAUUCUAACAAGGUCCAAACAAAACCUGUAAAGUUAAAGGGAACUAGUUGUGAACCACUGGUCCUCCACCGGUCGGUGAACGGAGGAGAACCCCCUGCGGGGUUUAGAGGGACCAUACGAGACUAGAUUAGAACAACGGACUGGUGGAGACAGGUGUCCCACAAGAACCCAGCGAGACCCGAAGGGAACCCGGACUGGUUCUGAACUGGUUUCUGUCCGGUGAUGGAGAAGCAGGCUCUGCCGGCCUCCUCCUGCUCUCUGGUUCUCCUGGAGGAGACUAAGAAGAACCCCCUCCUCCUGUCCAAUGGGGGAGGGGGUUACACCCCCGCGGCCUCUAACGGCAGCCUCGCCCCGCUGGCACCGGGGUCCGGUGUCGGGGGAGCGGCCGGUGCCUGUGGCGGACCCGACAGGAAAGCGGUGCCGGUACCGGGCCCCGGGUACCCGGAGAGGGAGACCUGGACGCGGCAGAUGGACUUCAUGAUGUCCUGCGUGGGCUUUGCCGUGGGCCUCGGGAACGUGUGGAGGUUCCCGUACCUGUGCUACAAGAACGGCGGAGGCGUCUUCCUGAUCCCGUACCUGCUGAUCGUGUUUGUGGGCGGGAUCCCGAUCUUCUUCCUGGAGAUCGCUCUGGGUCAGUUCAUGAAGGCCGGCAGCAUCAACGUGUGGAACAUCGCCCCGUUAUUUAAAGGUCUGGGUUAUUCCUCCAUGGUGAUUGUGUUUUUCUGCAACACUUACUAUAUCAUGGUGUUGGCCUGGGGCUUCUACUACUUGAUCAAGUCCUUUAACUCCACCCUUCCCUGGUCCACCUGCGACAACGAAUGGAACACGCCCAACUGCAUCGAGAUCUUCCGUCGCCAGGACUGCAACAACGGCAGCUUCGCCAACGUGACCAUCAGCGGCAACUUGACCUGCGCCGAGCUGGCGGACGCCCAAUCGCCCAUCAUCGAGUUCUGGGAGAGGAAGGUGCUGAACAUUUCCUCCGGUCUGGGCGAUACUGGGGAUUUUAACUGGGAAAUGGCGUUGUGUCUGAUCGCUGUCUGGGUGAUGGUUUACUUCUGCGUCUGGAAAGGAGUCAAAUCCACCGGGAAGAUUGUGUACUUCACGGCCACCUUCCCCUACGUGGUCCUCGUCAUCCUGCUGGUCAGAGGGGUCACGCUCCCCGGAGCCUACGACGGCAUCAUGUACUUCAUCAAACCCGACUGGUCCAAACUGGGGGAGGCUCAGGUGUGGAUCGAUGCCGGCACUCAGAUCUUCUUCUCGUACGCCAUCGGGCUCGGAGCGCUGACGGCUCUGGGGAGCUACAACCGCUUCAACAACGACUGCUACAAAGACGCCUUCGUCUUGGCUCUGAUCAACAGCGGGACCAGUUUCUUUGCUGGUUUUGUCGUGUUUUCCAUACUGGGCUUCAUGGCGGCCGAACAGGGCGUCGACAUCUCGCAGGUCGCCGAGUCGGGUCCCGGUCUGGCCUUCAUCGCCUACCCGAAGGCCGUCAGCCUGAUGCCGGUGGCCCCUCUGUGGGCCGCGCUCUUCUUCUUCAUGCUGCUGCUGCUGGGCCUCGACAGUCAGUUUGUGGGGGUGGAGGGCUUCGUCACCGGGAUCCUGGACCUGUUUCCUGGAAAGCAGCACUACCGCUACAAGAGGGAGGUCUCUGUGGCCGUCUGCUGCUCGCUGUGCUUCAUCAUCGACCUCUCCAUGGUCACGCAGGGCGGGAUGUACGUCUUCCAGCUGUUUGACUACUACUCAGCCAGCGGGAUGACGCUGCUGUGGCAAGCCUUCUGGGAGUGUAUCGUGGUGGCCUGGGUCUACGGUGCUGACCGCUUCAUGGACGACGUGGCUCGUAUGAUUGGCUACCGGCCGUUCCCCUGGAUGAAGUGGUGCUGGUCCUUCAUCACCCCGUGUGUCUGCAUGCGCUGGGCCCACCUGACCACCCCGGUGUGGGGGGCCCACCAGCUGGAGUACAUGGCCCCCGACAUCAAGUCCCUGAGCUCGCUGUCCACCGCCGACGACAACAAGGUCAUCAUCUUCGAGAGCGUCAUGUAGGCGGGGCCUCCACCGGGCACCGAGCCCUUUGAUUGGCCGCUUCCAGUCCUCACCAGGAACACCGCCGUGUUUCAGACCCAGAGAAGAAGAAGAAAAAGAAGAAGAAGAGAACGCUGCAGCUCCUCCAGGAGGUUUUAUAUCCACACUCUGGGUUCUCCACCUGUGAAGGUUCCACUCCUCCAGACAAAUGUAAAUAUUAUUCUCUUUGAAGAUUUUAAGGAUCAAAUGCUUCAUUUUUUUCCCACAAAAUGUCGAACGCUGGAGAAGCUAAAGAAGGCGGAGCUUAAAACGAAGAAAAAACACUGCUGAACGUCAAGCUUCCUCCAUGUUGGAUGAAGAGAAUCAAUGCAAUCUAGUCUUUGUGUCACACACACACACACUCACACACACACACUCACACUAUUAAACAUCAAACCACAAUGAAUCGGUGCGUCAAAACAUUUGUGUGUGUGUGUGUGUGUGUGUGUGUGUGUGUGUGAUGGCUCUAUUCAGACACAGUUGUAGACAGACGGACUGUCUGACCCCAGAAAACUCCCAGAGGUCAAAGGUCGUUUGUGUCUCUCUGCUUUUCAGUUCUGCUGUCAAACGUCGGUUUAGUUUACAUUUAUUUUGUGAAAGCCGCCAUUUUGUUUUUUUACCCGCAUCGCAAAAACUCGUCAAACUGCUGAAAACCUGCACCGAGACGGAGCCCUGGUCCCCGUUAAAUCCAGAGCCCUGGUCCCCGUUAAAUCCAGAGCCCUGGUCCCCGUUAAGUCCAGAGCCCUGGUCCCCGUUAAGUCCAGAGCCCUGGACCCCGUUGAGUCCAGAGACCUGGUCAACCACAGUUUCACAAUACAUUUAAGCGCCUCUCAGCGGAUGGAGGACCUCCUCGUGAGGACCUCCUUGUGGGGACCUACUCGUGGACACCUUGUGGGGACCUCCUUGUGGGGACCUCCUUGUGGGGACCUCCUUGUGGGGACCUACUCGUGGACACCUCGUGAGGACCUCUUUGUGGGGACCUACUCAUGGACACCUCGUGAGGACCUCCUUGUGGGGACCUCCUUGUGGGGACCUACUCGUGGACACCUUGUGAGGACCUCCUUGUGGGGACCUACUCGUGGACACCUCGUGAGGACCUCCUUGUGGGGACCUACUCGUGGACACUUCGUGAGGACCUCCUCGUGGACACCUCGAUAAGGACCUCCUUGUUGGCCCUCGUAACGUCAUUGGUAUCAAUACGAUCGUAUCCAUAAGACCAGAGUGUUGUUUUCACUAAACGUUUUGCAGCAGGACUGAGGUUUAAAAGAGGCAGAGUUCCCGUUACAUAGCAAACCCCUGAAUCCACCACACUAAUCCCAGUGAGUCCCUGAACGCACCCGACAGUCCUGAUCCCAGAGCAGUCGGGACUCUUCUCCGUUCAUCUUAAAUAUAUUUUUAUAUUUAAAGAUAUUUAACUUUUCUUAUUGUUUUAAACUAAAUCCACUCAAACCUUUGAGGAAAACUAACCAACGCUUUUGAACUAUUGAUUAAGAAGCUGAACAUCUUUGAAUUGUUGUUCAAGAAUAAAAUACAGCAAUUUUACUGAUCAAUUCUAUUGACCCAUAAAUAGAUGAUAAUCUUUAAAAAUCAUGAAUGAAACUGUUAUUAUUGACUCAAACAGCUGCUGCUCUGAACCCCGCUGGCUCUGACCUUUGACCUCUUGUGUUCACGGGUCGACUGAAGUGCCAAACGGAGCAAAACUGUUCCCAGACCAGCCCCUCGGGCGGCCAAUGACCCGUUCACUCUUCAAUGCUGAGCUCCUCCCACCCAACGUCAAACAGACAGUCGCUGUAAAAUAAUAAAAAUGUAAUUACAGGUUUGUUUUGGACUCUUUCAACCAGGACAAAGAUGGAGCUGAUCAAUUAAAUGUAAGACAUUCAAAUGUAUUUAAUUAAAUAAAAUGGAAUUCAUAUUAUUUAAUGGAAUUAAUUAAAUUAAAAGGGAUCCUGAUUGGAAAUGUUUAGCAAGUCAACAACACAGAUAUUAUAUUAUUAUUGUAUAACAAUAAUACAAUUAAAUAGAAUAAUAAUACAAAUGAUUAUAAUAAAUGUAUAAUUGCCGUCGGGUGAAGAGAUGAGAGCCGGGGGACUCAGCCGAGCGUUGCCUUACGUCGUUGUUUUAACGUCGUUGUCUUAACGUCGUUGUCUUAACGUCGUUUUAACGUCGUUGUCUUAACGUCGUUGUCUUAACGUCGUUGUCUUAACGUCGUUGUUUUAACGUCGUUGUUUUAACGUCGUUGUCUUAACGUCGUUGUCUUAACGUCGUUGUUUUAACGUCGUUGUCUUAACGUCGUUGUCUUAACGUCGUUAACGUUGUUGUCUUAACGUCGUUGUCUUAACGUCGUUGUCUUAACGUCCUGGUUUACAAUCAACCAAUCAGCAGUCUGCGGGGCAUGUCUACAACUCUGUCUCCUAGCAACCAUCCACCUGUCAGA